AGAAAGUACAACAAAUUGUCCAACUAUUCCAAAAGAGAAUAGUAUAGGGGAGAGAAAAAAAAACCCAUAUAUAUCAAAUAAGGCCAAUGAAAAUAGAACAAGUGACAACUUGAUUCCACUUGGGCACUUAUUAAACAAAGAAAACAAAAACAAGAAGAAUAUGAAGCCUAACUUUAGAAAAAAUAAGGAGGGAGCAAAUAAGAGGUGA